AAGGAGCAAAAGGCAAUAACACACCCACAUCAUCACCGUCAUCAUUGAUACUCUGUUGUGAGACCAUAAAAGAUCUCCAAAUGGCUCCCAGACAUUUUUUUGUUUUUUGGCUCAUCCUGGUGUGUGUGAUCCUGGGUGUGAGGUCGUGUCUGCAGUGUGACCUUGCCAUCCGAAACAUGCACGAGGACUUCAUGGCCUCGAAGGACAAAAUGACUGUGCAAGAGCAGAUGGAUCUGAGGAAAAUUAUCAGCCAUGCCUACGUUACCUACCAGGACAUCAGCACACAGCUCUCCGGGGUUAUCGAUCUUACUACGUUAUACCGAGCACAAACCGAGUAUCAGAGCGAGUUCACGAGACAGUGGCAGCAGCCGAGCAACGGUAAUGUCCAAUGGGAUUUGAUCAAGAUCGUGGAGAAAAGCAAAAGGAUCCUAAAGAAGCAUCUAGAAGUGUUUGUUGCUGAAGGAUUGUGUCCGAAUAAAUGUGGUUUGCUCUUACAGAGUGUAAUGAAUUGCACUUCCUGCCAGUAUGGGCUGCGCAUAUGUCAAUCUGAUACACCCCCGAAGGAUUGCGGAGAGCAUCACUUGACAGCGAAUGAGGGCGAGCAGGUGGUGCUGGAUUGUUUUCUUCCGUGGCACAGUUUGGUAGUUGGACAUGCUGAGUAUCAUUACUCCUGGAACCAGGGAGCCCCAAAUUUUUCAGCAGAAGACAAUUUCAAGGUUCUGGUGGUGACGAAGGAAUCCAAAAUCGUCCUGAACCAGCUGCAUGUGACUGAGCAGGGAGUGUAUCGCUGCUUCCUGCUGGAUCAACACGGCACUACACUCUCACACACACGCUUCAUCCUGACCGUCAUCCCCAUGCCCACUCCACCGCCAAGACCGAUUCCUACACUUAUUUCUCCCCCUCGUGUUGAUACGAGACAUGUCGAGCUCCCUGAAGACACUCUGAUCAUCACGCUUGCUUUUCUCACAGGUCUGAGCAUCUCAGGUAGCCUGGUCAUCAUUUGGUAUUUUGGCAGAAUGACGGUAAGAUGGAAGAAGAACGCUAAAGCGGAGGGAGAAGGAGAGGACACAUAAUUGAGGGAAAGAGACGGGCCUGUCCAUGAUAUACAGUAUGAAAACGGAAAAAACAGGCACACCAGCAGUAAAGCGUGUUCAGCUUUCUGAUUCACUAUUUAACUAGUA